AUAUCAAAAUGAGUUGAUGUGCUCAGGAUUUUUUCAAGGAUUUCGGAAGUUUCUUUUGUUUUCGUUUUUUUCAUUGAAUUCACCCUUGAGCAAUUCCUAGGAAGAGUCUAAAGGUUUCGAGGUCCCUGAGUUAUUGAUUGAGGCUUUGAAUACUCUUUCACGAGCCCUGUAUUGCCCAGAGUUUCUGAAGAUGCAAGUUCUUUAUAGGCGUGUAAACAUAACCUCACUUUUCGGAAAAAUCAAUAAUCUUACCAUUUGUCUGGGUUCUUCUUGAGGAAUUAUUAAGGGGGCCUUGUUAGUGAACUUAAAGCCAACUUGUUUGCAGUAUCCUGUGGAAAUAUUUAUAAAAGUUUAUCAUUCUGGGACCUCAAACUCGUGGAUUGACUCGAUCAAAAUUUCUGGUCAGAUUUUCCAGUCAAUGGCUUAGAAUAUAUGAUUUAAUUCAGUUAUUAUGAUUAGUGUCUCAAUGCCUGACUUUCUUCUAAAAAAAUAGAUCGUUUUAUACAUGUUUCUUGAAGAAAUUAAAUUCGCAUUGGACAACGACCAUAACAUUUAAUUGGGCACACUGAUUUUCUGGCAUGUGUGGCAAAUAGUUUGUUUAAUUAAAUCUUUUGAAAAGGAAGAAUGUACCACAGCUAUUUUCAUCAAAUCAGAAGAGAAGAAUGUAUGAACGCUAAAUACAGCAGUUCUAAGGGUGGGUAUUCCUCGUCGACAGCUGCAUCGGAUAGUCGCUACGAGGGGCGAAUGCGGGACUCUCCGAAUGGGAACUCAUAUAGUCCAGCAGGAGGCUUGGGACUGGGCAUGGGAGCGGACCGUGAUAGUCCCCGCAGUUACACCACCAAGCCUCUUUACAAGAAGGAGAGAGAAAACAGAGACUAUAAGUUAUCCUCCAGGGACAAGUAUUCCGAUUGUGCACGAUCUCCAAAAGACAAGAGGAGCCGCGAGAGCAGGGAUUCGGAGCACAGGACCAACCAUGAUAGGAGCGGCGGAGAGAUAUUACAUCCCAUAAAGUUGUCAAACUCAUCGAGAGAUUCCUCGUCUCAGCGAAAGCCAGCACACAAUUCCUGUCAGGAGAAGCGUGGAGACGAUCGAGGGGGCACGACGGAGAGGACUGCCAGGUUCGGUGACUGGUCGGAGCACGUGAGCUCAUCGGGGAAGAAGUAUUACUACAACUGCAAGACGGAGGUCUCCCAAUGGGAGAAACCCCGAGAAUGGACAGCCAGGGCGGAGAGCCGACAACGCCAGUCCAACGAUUACUCCUCUAGGUCAAGUCACGAUAAACAUUCCAACUCGCGGUCGAACAGCAGCAGCAGCGGGAGCGGCGCGCGAGAUGGCAAGUCGGGCUCGCGACAGUCGGACAAGCGCGAGUACUGGACCUCGUGUGGGACGGCGAGCGGCGGAAGCGCCCGGGACGAGGUGGUCUCCUCGAGGGAGCGCGAGCGCGAGAGGGAACGGGACCGCGAGCGGGAGCGAGACCGAGAGAAGGAGCGGGAGCGGGAACGAGAGCGAGAUCGCGAGAGAGACCGCGAGAGGGAUAGCUGCCGCGAUGAAGGGGGCGCGGAACGGCAGGCGCAGGACAUGGACAUCUCCCCGGGCGACUCGACCCCGACUUCGGAGCCCUUGGUGGCCGCUGCCAGCGACCCGCUACCUCAAGGGCCCGUCCUCCUGGCCACCGCGCUACCUAGACUAACUUCCCACCCACCGUCGACGCCGCAGGCGCCCGGUAAGCUGAGCUCGCCCACGCAGCCUCAGCAGCAGCAACAGCAACAGCAGCAACAGCAGCAGCAGCAGCAAGGCGGCAGCAACGCGCCUGGGCCCCCCGUAUCGCUGGCCAGCCUGCCGCGCCUUCUAUCACAAAUCACCGGUAGCAAAGAGCAGCCCGACAUCACACCGCAGAAGGCACUGCAGACCAUUCAGACCGCGAUCCUGCUGUCUCGACAACAAUCCGGAAGCGGAGGCGACCGCGUCGUCGGCAGCGGGAACGACGUCAUGGCGCCGCUCAAGGUGGACACCAGCGGCGUUACCAGCGAGGGACCACCCACGCCCACGCACUCGGAGACCCAGGACUGCAUCGACGCACGAAAGAUGACGAGUCCCGGGGCGGCGAGUACGGGGGUUCAGGGGCUCAGCUCGCUGCAGAGCCUCGGCACCCUCGGCUCCCUAGGAGGCCUGGGCAACGGCGGGGGCCUCCAGGCACUCUCGAGAGUGCAACCUCCUCUCACGCCCUCUCUCACGCCCUCGCUGGCCAACCACUAUCGGGAAGACUUGACGCAACAUGUGCGUGCCUUUCCUGCGGAUAUCCUUGAGAAACAGGCGCAAAAGCUUAGCGAGGAAGCACACACCAUGGGCAGUUUGCAGUGCACGCGAGUAUCCGCGGAGCUGAAGACGGCCCGGUCAAUAGUGAGGCUGACGGAGAUUCAGGCGACGUUGCAGGAACAAAGGAUAUUAUUCCUCCGUCAGCAAAUACAGACGCUGGAGGAGCUGAAGUCCCAAAAUUCCUUCAUGUCCGACGAUUCUUAGUGUAAGGGAAUUUAUAAAGAUAUAGUAAUAAUUACAGACCUAUAAUUAAUUCUUGCAGAAGAGAGACGGUAAACCGAAGGAAAGGACAAAAAAAGCAUAUAAAACGGUAAAAAAAAUAUGAAGAAACUACACGGAUUACACGUACUCACCCGCGCGCGCCCCCUCCCCCCCCCCCGGAAACACAUACACGACAUGGUCACACCCCACGCGACACACACACACGUAAUUAUAAAUAUUCUCAUUAAUAUUGAAAUAAUUAAGAUUGUACCUAAAUUAUAAUGAUUAUCAUGAAUAGAAGUGAGAUAAGCGACUGUAGCGCGAGCGAUUGUGAACAUAAUUGGGCUGCCCAGAGAGGAGGGGCUGCUCUACGACUGACAGCCCACGGAUCUUAUUAUUAUUAUUAAUAUAAAAAUAUUAAUUAGUGAAACCACGCACCUCUCUGGGCGGCACAAGAGGCCUACCCAAGGGGAAAAAAAAAAGAAGAAACAAGAAUCAGUACCCACACGCGACACUCACAAGUUCACCCUCACACUCACACGCAUACAUAUACACACACACCUCGACGUACGUCCCCGUUCGCGCGUAAAACACUUUUCACACACACAUUGUACACACUCUCGCCCACAUUUACACGUCUCUAAGCGUCAGAGUGCAGCGUUAAGUUGAAUAGAAACGCGCGAGGCGACUCAUCGCGACUCGAUUAAAAGAGAGAAAAAGAAAAAGAAGAAAAAAAAAAAGAAGCUGUACGCGAAUUGUAUAUCUGAAUUGUCCACCGUUGUCUUGUAUUUACCUAUGUUGUACGUGUCAAUGUUUCAUAUCCUCCCUCUAUCUAUCUGUCUCUCUCUCUCUCUCUCUCUCUCUCUCUCUCUCUCUCUCUCUCUCUCUCUCUCUCUCUCUCCGAUGAGAAUGAAGAAAGGGAAAAAAAGAUGUAGAGAGGAAAAGAAAGAUAAACGGGAAACGCGACGAAAUGACGGACCGACGAGAAGCAAGAAGAGAAAAAAAGAAACAAAAGGGGGGACGAAGUAACGACGACGAAACGCGAACGCGGCAUUUCGACCCGGGGUGGAGAGCAGUACACUCUCUUUUCUUUCUUUCUUCUUCUUCUUCUUUUUUUUUCGUUUUUCUCCUACUUUGUCGUGUAAAUCUCGGAAUAAACGAAACUCGUGCCACAAGCUCGAGGGGACUUUGCUUGCUGCGCGCCGCGUGACUCUUUCCUCUCUCUCUCAUUCUUACUCAUUCUACGUCACUCCUCGUUUCUUUCUUUUUCUCGUUCGCUCUCGCCGGUCCUUCUCGGGUCGACCUUGCACGGACGAUAAGGAUGCUCUCGGGACGCUCCUGGAAGUUUGCAAACCGAUAACUACUCUCCGUCUUUGUUUCCUCUCCUUUUUUCUCUCUCUCUCUCUCACCUUUUCUUUUCGUCUUUCAAUGACAUCGGGACGACUUAACGCGGGGCCCGAGAAUGGCCUCGACAAUGCCCGGGACACGUUGCUCAUUCUCGGGCCUCGUUGGAGGCGAAGCGAUCAUGCGCAAAUUGAUUGGGAAGAGAGAAAAGAGGGGGAAAAAAACGGAAAAAUUUUAAAUCCCUUCCCUCCCCCACCUUUGCACCUCGGAGAAGUAUUGCCUCGCCCGAAAGUCGCAUAUCCCGGUUGUCUCUUGUCAGAGCCAGACUCGCGAGGAUGUUUCGAUUGUCUUUUAACGGUGGCAUUAUUUAUUUAAGCUUUAAACCGCGAGACCGCGAGGUACUGUAGAGAGCUUUUUAUUGUAAAGGAAAAAAAGGGGAAAAAAAGAAACCGGGAGAGUGAUUUUACAACACUUCAUUGUGAUCCGUAUUUGUAUGUAGCUUAUAUAUAUAAUGGAGGUUAUAUAUAUAUUUUACACGCGAAUACCCCGAUUUGUUAAUUGUAGCGAGAGAAAGAAGAAAAAAAAAACGACAACAAACAAGCAACUAAUAAAAGCAAACGCGGUACUGCCUCCGGUGUACUGCCAUUAUAUCAUGUA